AUGGACCAUUCGAACAUGGGCUCAAAGCCACAUCCAUUGGUGGCAUUGGGCGAAGCUGGGACGGUUAGAAUCGAUGGCAACAACGACGGCAGGCGACAGCCGGAGCAUUGGAUGGAUGGAUCCAACGCCACGGGGCGCGUUGGCUUCCUAGGAGCCCAGAAGCAUGCUGGGCCGUACCGGGCCGUCGAUGAAGCCACACGCUGGGCCGCAGGCAGGCAGGACGAUCUGCUGUACCCGAUGCUCACGGUGCGGGAGACGCUGAUGUACGCCGCUGAGUUCCGCCUCUCCCGCGCGCUCUCCCCGGCCAGGAAGCGCGAACGCGUCGACGCGCUCAUCGACCAGCUCGGCCUCGCCAGCGCCGCCGACACCGUCAUCGGCGACGAGGGGCACCGUGGGGUCUCUGGAGGCGAGAGGCGCCGUGUCUCCAUCGGCACGGACAUCAUCCACGACCCGAUCCUGCUGUUCCUCGACGAGCCCACCUCCGGGCUCGACUCGGCGAGUGCGUUCAUGGUGGUGCAGGUGCUCCUCGACAUCGCGCGGAGCGGCAGCGUCGUCGUGAUGACCAUCCACCAGCCCAGCGCGCGGAUCCUCGGCAUCCUUGGCCGUCUACUGCUCCUCUCCCGCGGCCGCACCGUCUAUGCCGGGACGCCUGCCGGCCUCAUACCCUUCUUCCAUGAGUUUGGCAAGCCCAUCCCGGAGAACGAGAACCCGGCCGAGUUCGCGCUGGACACCAUCAGAGAACUCGAGCGCCAGCCUGAUGGCGCUGCGCUGCUCGCCGACUUCAACGCCAGGUGGCAAGCAGACCACAGGAUCAUCGAGACUGUCAACACGAUGCCGCUAGAGGUGGCCAUAUCCGAGAGCGUCUGUCGUGGGAAGCUGGUGGCCGGGACUGUCACAGGGACGGCGUCGUCGGUGCCGACGUACGCGAACCCGCUGACCGUGGAGGUGUGGGUGCUGAUCAAGCGCUCCUUCAUCAACACGCGCCGCAUGCCGGAGCUCUUCGGCAUGCGCCUGGGCACCAUCAUGCUGACGGGGCUCAUCCUGGCGACCAUCUUCCUGCGCCUCGACGACACGCCCAAGGGCGUCCAGGAGCGGCUGGGCUUCUUCGCCAUGGGAAUGUCCACCAUGUUCUACGUCUGCGCCGACGCGCUGCCGGUGUUCGUCCAGGAGCGACACAUCUACCUCCGCGAGACGGCGCACAACUCGUACCGCCGCUUGUCGUACGUGCUCGCCAACUCCGUCGUGUCCUUCCCGCCGCUGGUCAUCCUGUCCCUGGCGUUCGCGGUGACCACGUUCUUCGCCGUGGGCCUCGCCGGCGGGGGCGCGUCGUUCGCCUUCUUUGCGCUGAUCAUUCUCGCGUCGCUGUGGGCGGGCAGCGGGUUCGUGACGUUCCUGUCGGCGGUGGUACCGCACGUGAUGGUGGGCUACACGGUGGUGGUGGCCAUCCUCGCCUACUUCCUCCUCUUCUCCGGCUUCUUCAUCAACCGGGACAGGAUUCCCAACUACUGGAUAUGGUUCCACUACAUUUCGCUCGUCAAGUAUCCCUACCAGGCUGUGUUGCAGAACGAGUUCGGCGACGCGAGCCGGUGCUUCGCGCGCGGGGUACAGAUGUUCGAGGGGACACCCAUCGCCGGCAUGACGGAGGCCGUGAAGUUGAAGGUGCUCGGCGCGAUCAGUGCGACUCUCGGCACAAACAUGACGGCCGCCACGUGCGUCGUCACCGGCGCCGACGUGCUAAGGCAGCAGGCCGUCACGGACCUAGGGAAGUGGAUGUGCCUCCUGGUCACGGCGGCAUUCGGCUUCUUCUUCCGUGCUCUCUUCUACGUCGUCUUGCUCGUUGGGAGCAAGAACAAGCGCAAGUAG